AGGACGAGGGUUGUAGACGAUGCGAUUCCUGGAUCAGGAAGGGGAGGCCCAGAGGACCUCAGAGCAUGAAGCAUGUAGGCUCUCUGUGCCCAGGAGCGGUGGAGGUGUGAGGACUCUCCCAAGGCUACAGGAUAGGUGUGGAGGCUGAGCCCCACCCCAGGGCAAGUCCUGAAGCCACAUCAGCGCGGUAGUCACUCUUCCUCCUUCCUGGAGUGUCUGGCCCCAGCAAAUGUAGCAUGGAGCUGGCCCUUGCCGUCAUCCUAUAUACCCUCUUUCCUGGAGUCCUUCUGGGGAGCGAGGACCUCACAACUGACUCUUACAGCCUGUCUACUCAGACGGGCAGGAGUCCCAUUGCCCUGGACUCAGUGUGUGGACGUCCCAGGGCAUCAGGCCGCAUCGUGUCAGGACAGAAUGCCCAGCCGGGCCAGUGGCCUUGGCAGGUCAGCGUGAGGGAGGACGGGGUGCACGUGUGUGGGGGAUCUCUGAUUUCUGAGGACUGGGUGUUGACUGCUGCCCACUGCUUCAACCAGGACCAGCGUCUGUCUGCCUACACCGUACUGCUGGGUACCAUCUCCUCCUACCCUGAGGACAAUGAGCCGGGGGAGCUGAGAGCUGUGGCCCAGUGUAUCAAGUACCCAAGCUAUUCAGCAGAGGAGCACGGUAGUGGAGACAUUGCCCUGUUGCAGCUGGCUUCACCCGUCUCCUUCAAUGACUACAUACUUCCAGUCUGCCUCCCGAAACCUGGCGACCCCCUGGAUCCUGGCACCAUGUGUUGGGUCACUGGCUGGGGGAACGUUGCCACAAAUCAACCGCUCCCACCACCCUUCACCCUGCAGGAGUUGCAGGUGCCUCUUAUUGAUGCCAAGACCUGCAAUACCUACUACCAGGAGAACUCCGUUCCCAGCACGGAGCAGGUCAUUCUCGAAGAUAUGCUGUGUGCUGGCUUCGUGGAAGGCAAGAAGGAUGCUUGCAAUGGUGAUUCCGGAGGUCCCCUGGUCUGUGACGUUAACGAUGUCUGGAUCCAGGCAGGGGUGGUGAGUUGGGGAUCCGACUGUGCUCUGUCCAAUAGGCCGGGCGUUUACACCAAUGUCAGCGUCUACAUCUCAUGGAUUCAGAACACAAUGUGGAAUAUACCCACAGAAGGAAAAAAUUUCUCCCCAAGCCUUUCAAGCACCCCACUCUCGGGCCUGUUGCUCUUUCUCACAUCCCUCAGUAGCGCCUUCCUCCUCCUGGGGCCCUAACCUGCAGCCUCAUCACCUCGGCAUCUAUAUCCGGAACUUUUACCCUCCAUCUGCUUCCAGGCUAGCAUGGCUUCUCCCAGGGACCCCCUUCCUGUGUCCUUCUUGCACAGCUACCUGAAGACAAGCAUCCCAUCCAUGCUCUGCCCUUUAGGGACCCUCUCCUCACCCCACAGAAGCCUCCUAACUCCCACAUCACUAAGACCCUUGGGGCUGACAGCUAAGCUCUGGUCUCCUAGCCCCCGUGGACUCCAAGCUGCCUCUCACAUCCUGUGGGUUUCCAGGGGCAGAGGGCAAGAGUCUUUCUUGCCUCUCACUCCCUGGUGGAGCACAGGCUGCAGCCACCUUUCAGGGUAUCCUUUGGUGGCUUCUGUGACUGGGCUGGUCUUUCUAUAGUGUACCUGUGUCUGAAACAAUAAAGACUGGAUCCAACAGCACACACU